UUCCUUCUCACUCUCUUCCCCUUUCUCCCUCAUUCUAGACAAACGUCAACAUAACCUAUAAAUGUUAGGCAAAAUGUCAUCGAGAAUAUAAUUCAACUUGUGCUUUUUAUUUAUUCACAAUAAUUGAAGUAAAUAGAAACCUAGAUUAUAAAUAAAAUACAUAAUGGCGAACGAUCGGGAAGUGUUGCGUGAAAUAUGGGAGGGAAAAAUUCCCGUUUGCUUUCAAUUAGACUCGGAAGAAGUGUCUGAACUUCAAGCUCCAGAUCCAUUUUAUUUGAUGGUGCCAAGACUAAGUUAUUUUCCUCUUUGCACUGAUAAGGUACGAAAACAUUUUAUGCGACAUAUUCAACAAGAGAAACAGGAAAAUGAGAUGUGGCUUGAAUUUAAUGGAACACCAUUGAAAUGGCACUUUCCCAUAGGAGUACUUUUAGAUUUAUAUUGUAACGAUAUUCAGUUGCCAUGGAAUAUUGUUGUUCAUUUCGAUAAAUUUCCAGAGAACGUUUUAAUGCACUGUCAGAAUAAAGAAGCAGUGGAAGCGUAUUUUCUCUCUUGCAUAAAGGAGGCUGACGUCCUGAAACAUCGAGGCCAAGUAGUGUCUAGUAUGCAGAAAAAGGAUCAUAAUCAACUGUGGCUUGGAUUGCUGAAUGAUAAAUUCGAUCAGUUUUGGGCUGUUAAUCAUCGAUUAAUGGAACCCAGUAUUGAUGAAGGCUUUAAAUAUAUACCUUUUCGCUGUUAUAUAAAUGAUGAAAUUUACAUUCAAAAAUUAGUGAAACCUCUUAGUGAGGAGGGUCAUCGGAAAACGCUGAAAGAUCUAGUGCACGAAGUUUUACCAGACAAAGAAGAAGCACAAAUUCGAAUACAUGGAAUUUUACCACCUCAGGAAACACCACUUCAAUGGCUUUCAGAACACUUUAGUUAUCCUGAUAAUUUUUUGCAUUUAUGUUUAGUGUCUUCGUAACACUUCUAUAAAUGUAGCAAUACUUUCAUGAACGUUAAUCGAUUAAACAAAAGUCGAGAAAAUGUUCUUAUUUUCAUUAUUGAUAAGGUUAUACCAUCGGUAGUAACAAAAAAUCAAAUUAUAUUUUAUUUUUCUAUAUCUGCUUUACAACGUAUUUGUAAAACUCUCAAGUUUAUAAACUUAUUUUGAAGAAUUCUAAAUUUUCAAUCUAUAUACAUUUCAUUCAUCAUAAAGUAAAAAAAUACAAAAUACAAAUAACUGAAUUGUUGAAAGAAAUUUAGUUUCUAAAACAGAGUUUUAAAAUAUGACUAGAUUGAAAAAAAAUUAUAUAUAAAGUUUACAGUAAAUGAAAAUGUGGUUCAAAUUUAUAUUUAUUAAAUCUUGCAAUCUAUCGUGUUAGUGAAAAUGAAAAGAAAUUUUUGAAGCACUGAUAAUUAACACAAAUUAUUUCUAUUAAAAUAAAAUUUUCUUCUUUUUUUAGUUUGUGGUGACGCUAAUUUCAUUCAAUGUUGUUAAACAGUCUUGAAGUUUAUUUACUUGUUCGAGAAAUUUCAUUAGAAUGAAAAGGUGUGUAUAUGUGAGUGUGAAAAAUAAAAAUUUAAUUGUUUCUAUAUAAAAAUGAAUUGUUCGAUUAAUAUUAGUUUUGCGCGAGUAUGUGUGUGUUAAAUUAUUAAAUCAUGGAAAUUUAUGAGAUUAAGUGAGGAUUGUAAAAAUAAAAAAAAUUAUAUACGCUAAAAUGUUCUGCUAAAAAUUGUAAAUAAAUGUAUUACAUCUUUCAA